UUGUCAAUUCGAAACGCGGAACUAGUGCGGGAGCAAGUUGUUGAGGAUCGUUUCUCCGUCACGUGAGGACUCGUAUACUUCGAGAUAAAAGCUAUCAUCCAGCUCUCGCGACGCAAGGCUUCUUCGCACGUUAACGAGAAGAAAAACUAAACUGAAACACGCGAUGGCAGAUCAAAACCGGACUAUUGACAUCGAUCGGCUCUCCGACGCGGUGCACAGUUUACGAAAAUCCUUGGAAUGUACGAUUUGCUUGGAGUUUAUAAAAGAUCCAAUUAAAACAAGAUGUGGCCAUUCGUUUUGUAAGGCGUGCAUAUGGAAAGUCUUGCAGACAAAAAAGACAACUUGUCCGCUGUGUCAGAAGAGUCUCACCAGACGCAACGUAUCCAAAGAUGAUCACAUGCAGACCUGUAUCGAGAGGUUCACAAAACUAGUCUCUGCCAUACAAGCUGACACCAACAUAGACAUACUAUCGCACUUGAAGCAUCCGCGCGACACAAGAGAAAGCUGCUCUUAUACAGAUAUUAGCGAAUCUAACAAAAAAAAAUCGUCGCACAGAUCGUCCGCUCGUCAAGCGAGCGCAAAUUCAAACAGACAAACGGAUAAAGCGUCGACGAGUCGGAAAAUCGAACAUGAUGAUAAUAACUCGCGAGACGAAUUACUGAGCCAAGUGGCGUUGUCGGAUCCUCCCGUUGCUAAUCAUUUAUCUGUCGAGAAUGACGACAAUUACUGCAAGCCGGACGUUAAAGUUCGCACGUGGUUGCAUAGUUUUUCCGGAGAAUCGACCGCUGAAUUGGAAGAACGAGACGCGAACGAGACGCGCGUAACCGAAGACGAGACCAGUUCGGUAGCCGACAAUAACAGUAAGUCGAGCAGAAACAGCGAAAUGCGUCUCGUUAAGGGCAGGAGAUCGAAUCGCGGUAGAAAACGGAAGAACAGUUCGGAGCGCUCCGACGACAAGGAGGACAAUGCGUCCCGAACUGAAUCAGAAACGCAAAAGCCCGGCGAGGAGAAGGAUAUCGAUUUCUAUUCGAGCGGGUUGAAGUAUAGCAAGAUUCACGCUAAAAUACGGAAGAGAGAGAAUAAGAGGGACGAGAUCGAGGAGAAGAGAUCGAACGUCGAUGAGGCAAGCAAGCAAGAUGAGAGCGCGACAGACGCGUCCGAUCGUGCGAACACGUCGUCCGCGAACUGGUCCCGCGUGAUCGAAUUCGGAAAAGAGAUGCGCGACAAAAAGAAAAAGGUGAAGAAGCUGAACGUGCAUACCGAAAAGAACAAACCGAAGAUACUGGAGAGCAUCGUUCUAACGCCAAAGAGCAAGAUCGAUCCGGCCAGAUUGCCGACUCGCAAAACGGAUGGGAGUCAAUCCACGUGCAGAAACGAGACAAAUGCGUUCGAAUCGAUGGGAGACGGGGGGACGAACAGAAGACGGGACGCGGGUGAUAGAAGUCUUCGCGUAUCGACUCCGUUGAAGCAACCGAAAAUUAUCAGGGACGUGACCAACACCUCGACAUCGGAUCACUCGGCGUUGGAAACGUCUUACAUCACGCUGGAGGAGAACAGGAAGAUACGCAUAGUGAAUCUGAACAACGAUCAGGUGAACGAGAUUCUCGGCUUCGGGGUCGAUAAAGAUCAAAGUCAAAAUCAACGCGCGCCAAUUGAUCAUCUGUCGCAAUCGCCGAGCAAACUCAGAGUGCUCACGCCGGAGAAGGUCAACGAACAAGCGGAUCGCGGCGCGAGAAAAACCAUCGAUUGCAAUCGAAGCGCGUUACGCACAUCGGCCGAAGAUCAGAAUCUCGGAUCUCAGGAGAGAGACGACGGUGACAUCGCUUCGAGAACAUCGGGCGAGAUCGAGUUUCAUGGAAUGCGAACACCGAAGAAGUCUAGAUUGUCGUUGAGGAGAAAACUGACGACCGACGACAACAAGAACGUCGACUCGCCAGCUGAGAGAUCGCACGAGAAACACGUGAUUGACGAUCGCGUCGAUUCGCCGGAAAACGUAGCGGCGCCGGAUCGAUUAGCGCGCGCGCGACGUAACGUGAGCACGCAGAUCGAUGAGGAUCAGCCUCCGCGAGCCGUUCGAAGUGCGACAAUUGCCACCACGUCUUCGUCUUUGAGAAGCAAAGACGAAGACGAUCGCGGAAUCGUUCGCCGGGAUGAGAGACUCGUUAGCGAUCUCAGAUCCGGCAGAUCGAAGAGAUUGAGAAGAUCGAAGACUCCGGAACGCGAUUUCCGCGUGAGAUUCGUACAGCUGGGAUCGAUGAACAGACGACGUCAGACGAAGUAUUAUUAUCUGGGCAAAAUAAACCGCGAACGUUUGUUGGCGGCGGAAAUCGGGAACGUUACGGUGUACAAUAUGCAGCAAUCGAUCAGCAAAUCCGAGAUAAAGUACGUUGCGAACAAGUCGCUAAGCCGCGCGACAUCUCCGUUAAACGAUUCGCAGGAAUCGGUGAUCGCGAUGGAAACUGCGCGGUGCUUCCUCGCAAAAAGCUCGAAUCGCGCCAUCGAAAACCCGGAAUUAUCGGCGUCAUCUUCCGCGUGCGGAAUCGCGGCGGCUACUUCGACACCGAGAAUAGAUAUCGAUCGGACGACAAGCCGCUCUUCAAUCGACGCAAAUGCGCGAUCGAACGAACCGAUCGAGGAUAAGGAAAACAAGCGAUGUUCUAAAAUACUUCGCGAUGAUCUCGUCGGAAAUGCGAUUCGGGAUAUAUCGUGCGUUUCCUUGCGGAGUUCCGUUCGAAUUCUGUCACCGGACAAGGAUUCGCAGCUCAAGUUUUUAGACACGGACUCGCCGAUGAGCCAGCGCGCGUUCAAGCGCGGAACUUCGACGCAUCACCGACGAUCCGUCGAAAACAUCGCGGAAGAUUACUUUUCUGACAAAGAACAGUCAACCGUCGCGACGUUCGCGAGCAAGAAGCAAGAUUCGUCUUCUUCGGAAAUCUUUGAAAAGAAAAAAAAGAGAAAGAGAUGCAUCACCAUCGAAGGAAAAUUUGAGGACGUCGAGUCUGGCAACGAUCUCAGCGGCGACGUGGUCGACGACCUCCGAUCCACGAACGAUCGCAACGGACGCGAUAAAUCAUCCAAGGACGUAAAAUCGGACGUGGACGCGAAUAAAAGACGCCGUUUGAGUUCUGCGGACGACAAAGCGAUCGUCGAUUCUGACGAGCGGAGAGCGCUCGUUCAUAAAAAGUUUAGAAGAAUAAUAAGAAUUCCUAGCUCGGAAUCGGAAUCGCCGGUAAAUUGUUGUCCCGCGCGCGACGAUCGCGAAUUUGAUCAAGCGUCGCCCGCGAAUGUUGUAGCGCGAAGUUUGAGAGAUAGAGAGACGAAUCCGUCAGAAGAACCUGUUCGGAACGUACUCGAAAACCGGAACGGAGAGCGCAACGAGAAGAUAACAUCGAGGAGAAGCAGCGCCGAGACGAUAAUACGAAUUCCGUGCGACGAGGAAUCGGCAAGCUCUUAUCAAUCGUCUCGCUUGGCGAACGAAGAGAAUAACGUCGCGAAUCAGAAUAGUUGCGCGACGAAAGAAUCGCAAAUGUUCGAGAGCAACAGCAUAUUCCACUCGGACAAUUUGGAAUAUAUCAUUGAGGAGUCGUUGAACAGAUGCGUCAAAGCGCCGGAUAAAUUCUCGAACAACGAUAUCAUAAACAGAGUGCUGCAGAUCGAUCGCCAAAGCAAUUCCGACGCGCGUCACUCGCCGAACGACGGAACGCGUCAAAGGGACGAGACCGGCGGCGGCGGGGGUUACUUGCUGCAGGACAAUUUCGACGAGAUCAUCGCAAACGUCGAACUGCCGCAAAGCGAGAAGAUGACACCGAGUAGUUUGCGCGCGGAUUCGAAUCGCGCGAGACAGAAAACGUCAAAGUGUCCCGCGAUGACGGAUGAGUCAUCGCGCGGCGCCGCCACGCAGGAGAUGAUACCUGUGAUGUCCGCGUCGAGCCACGACAUUUUCGAGCAGAGCGAUUCUAUCAACGAUCGCAACGUUGACAGACCAGUCGGCGCCUCGGGAAAUUCGAACAAGGAAAACGUCGCGCUCGGUCGGAAAAGUUACGCGACCGACGACGUUUCUUCCGACAGAAAGAUCAAGCACGGGAAGGAAAAGUCGUUUGAUCGCGGCGACGGUGUCUGGAUCGACGCGGAGCGACACGGCGUCGACAACGUAACCGCCGCGCAAAAUCGAAAUCUGUCUGACGAUCAGUCGAAGGAUUCUCAAAACGACUCGAUCAUGAACGUCACUCGCGAUCAGCUUCGUCUGCAGAUCUUCGAGGAGGAUCUGUUCGGCGUAAUAUCGAGCAGAAGUCCGACGAAGGCGACGACCACGCGGGAUGAUGCGGAUCUGCUUCAAGAGGCGAGCACUCCGAGGCGGGAGAAACGAAGGGAUUUGCAAGACAAAAAUGUAUUGUCGCCAAAGGAACAAGCCGAGGAGAACGACGUUGUGGAGAACACUCCCGAGUCCAAGAUGAAGAAAAGUGGAAGUAGAAGCUUCGGAACGCUCGAGUCGAGAAGAAACAUAUCCCUGUCGUUUAUGACGCCGAAAUCCACCGAUCGCGCGCCGGUUUCGGUGCCGAACACGCCUGUUCUCGAGAAAAUUCCGCUCUGUCAAAGCACGCCGAGAGAUGGCCACCUUGACGUACUCACGGGAAACAGAAGAACCGAGCUCGCCGCGACACGCGGUCUUGUUUCGCCGACGAUCGGCAGAACGCCGGAAGACAAUCGGCAAAUCCGAUCCGCCAAAGAAACAACACCGUGUGUCGUGUGCAGCUCUCUGACAGUAACUCAAACGAAAGCGGUGAAAGACUUCGCGGCCGAGUACAAGCUGAGGUUCGCGGAUCGGUUCGAUCCCAAGAUAAUAACGCACGUUAUCGUGAACACCACCGGAAAGGAGAACGCGGCGAAGAGCACAUUGAAGUAUCUGCAGGGCGUAGCCCAUCGGAAGUGGAUAGUCAGUUACAGAUGGGUCGAGGAUUGCGUGAGGAAACAGAAAAUACUGGACGAGGAACCGUACGAAGCCACGACGUUCUGCGACGGCAUCUUUCCCGCUCCGCGAAAGUCCAGACUACGGGAAACAAAUCUCUUCGAAGGCUUCGUCUUCGUUUGCAUCGGACCGUACGACAACGUUACACCGGCCGAGUAUCAGGACUUGUUACUCGCCACCGGAGCUAUGGUGGUUGACUCCCUCGACGAUCUCGAUAAGAAGGAAGGGUUGAAAGGUAUACUGAUCCAAGACGAUGCUUAUGAUAAUAAAGUUAUCGAAAAUUGGUACCGAACUGUCAAAGCAGCACCAAUUCUGGUCGAUUGGAUAGUGGAUUGUAUCGGUCGUUACAAAUUGCUUAAGCUCGCGUCCUAUAUCCAUUUUAUAUCGCCGCAAGAUUGUUACGCUCUUGGUUAUCCGCGCGAUCUCUUAGAGGAUGAAGAGUACAGCGACGACGAUUUGUUAAUUAUCAAGUAGCGUAGGAUCGUUGCGUCCAAGUGUUUGAAUAUUCGAGAUCAGACUUCACAGAUUAGCGAAGUUAUAAAUCCACGUUAAUUCGAAGUAACAAAUUUCGCUUCAGGUUCAGAUUCAAGUUCGGAUUUUUACGUUGAAUUCUCCCUUUGUUAUUUUGUAUAUCUAACGCAUUUUCUAAUAAGCGUUUCUUUACAAGCGGUAUAAAAAGUUGCAAUUGUUUUGUCGUUAAGAUAUUGUUGAGAGGUAUUACUGAUAAUGUAACUUCAUGUGUGUGAAAGCAUUUACACGCCACUUCCUGUAGAAUGUUCCUGAACUUAUUUUUGUAGAAAAAAAAAGUUGCAAUCCUCAGAACAUUGAGUUAGAUUCAACGGAUAUAAGAGAUCUGGACAAUCUGUUGUCUUUGUUUUUGAAUAUUUUAAGUAACGCGCAAUUAACUGUUAUCCGAAUACUUGGAUGCUCGGAUAAUGCCAGAUUCGAACAAAUUUUUGAGAGGGACCCUGAUAAAGAGGUAUAUUUUGUGUUUACAUCAGGAGAACGAAAUACAAAUUUAUAAUUUACACGUUUACAUACGUUUAUUUUAUUCAUUAAGUUUUGUUUUUCUAUUAAAGUUUCCUGUUUAUGUUUAAUAUACUCUCAGACAGAUAUCAUGUAUGUACACGGCGAUAGUUUUGCAAGAAAUUAUUCUCUUGUAUUACUUCGAAAAUUUAAAAAUGUGCGAUAUGUACAUGUGUCUCCACGUUAAUGUAAAAAUAUGUUAACACUCGUUUAGUUUUUUUGGAAAUAUAUCUAUUGAUAUAGGAUUAAUAUUACUUAUUUACACACACAAUAUUUCUAUUUUUUAUAUAUACGUUGGAUACAUAUGUAUAUAUAUGUAUAAUAUAUAUUACUAUAGACUCGCGCGCGCAUUAUUUUACGUCUUUGUUAACACGUUUCGCACCACGUGGGCGCCACCGCACUCGUUGGACUUUUCGUUCAGGCUGUUUGAUACUCAUACUGUUACAUACGUAAAACAUAUCCUUCAACAACACAUCGUAUAAUAUAUUUGCAUAUGUACGUAAAGCACCGGUAUGCGUAUGUAUAAAUGUGUAUGCGUGUGACGUUAACUGUCAUUUAUACAUGUUUUAAAUGACAUUUAAAAUCAAUUGAUUGGCGCGUAUAAUAUAUGUAACAUAUCGUUGAACUUUCAUGUAACACACAUACACAUAUACACACACACAUACACAG